AUGUUUCGUGGGCGGCGAGGGUGCCGGAGGGCGGGUGCUGUCGCGACGCCCAGAAAAGCGCUAUCGAGUCGUCGCAAGCGCGAGGCCGCAACCACGCAGGAUCGGUCCGAGGGUGGCAAGCGUCCGUCGCCGUCGUCGUCGUCGUCGUCGGUCAGAAGCCGGUUGUUGGGGGCCGCAUUCGGUCAAGGCAACAAAGCGAGAAGAGCCAACAAGGCGCGAAGUGGUGAACGGGUCGUGUGUAGCCGAGGCUUGCGCGUGUACAAUACCAAAACAAACCCCAAGCACAAGAAGAUGAGGAAGAGAAAGCACCAAGGAUCAAUCAGUCAGUCGAGCGACGCUCCUGGUGCUGGCGCACGACAGCUGCGAGGGCGACGAGACAGGUACUGUGUAACGGAUGCGGCGAGCAAGGGUGACCUUACGAAUAAAGUCAACAACCAGGGAGCUUGGGCGGCACAUGCAUCCCAACCAACUUUUUUUUUCUAUUGUCCAGUUGCUUUGCAGCUGUCGCGUCGACCUCAGCGCCAGGGAGGAAGGCGCGUAAAUGACAGACCGUGCAGCAACCCGCGUCGAGACGAACGCGAGCCCCAUUACAUAAUACCAACACCGCACCCCACCUGCACCUCAGCUCUGGGCUUGUGGAGUGCAUGGAAGUUGGAGGCUUCAGGAAUGCAUAGUGAGAGGUCAUCUCAGUCCAUCACAUCGAUCUCAGCCCGGAGUAUCAACACUGCGACCGUCAAUCUUGCGAUGAUGCAACCCAGGACACGCCCCGUCCAAAAAUUCGCACAGGCCGUGUCGCAAUGCUCGGCUGAGGCCGCCGUCUAUGGCAAAUGCAUCGUUGAAGACUACAACGCAGUCCAUAAGGAUAAAUGCAAAAAAGAGUUCCUGAAGCUCAAAGACUGCUACUUGACAGCAUCCAAGAAACCACGAUGAAGAGGGAUUUGUAAAGGAAAUACGGGCAGCUUUCCUUAUUUAGUCGUAGCGUUUAUUCUUUGGGGGGUUUUUUUUCUCUAUCCACCCGAUUCCUUCUCGGCCACCUUCCCUUCCUUCACUUUCACACUCUUUUCUUUCCUUUUACCUACCAUUGUCCUCAAAAGACUUUCCGUCUCUAUGCUCAAAAUCAUGCCCACGAUUUACCAACGCCCUCCAAUGAAUGACUAAAAGAUCCAGUGGCCACUUGGUGCACUUUAUUCUCAAGUAGAUUCUCCUCCGAUG